AUGGCGGACCUGCUAGGUGUUGAGAUCGUUAUCUACCACCCCUCCUUGCCAGUCGACCAGCCUCUCCGGUUUGAGCCGGAGCAAGGGAAAAUCACCGAUGGCUUUGACCACCCACUGUACCUCCGGUACAAUGGCGUCUCCCACUACAACGCAUACGUGCCCAAGCGUGAGCACGUGGUGAUUCGGCGAGCCCAGAUCGAACUCACCGAGUUGGACGACUUGGCGACGUUCAUUCUGAAGCAACUUGUCGAGGGAAAGCACCAAGACGCUAAAGAAAUGUGGGAGGGUUGGGCUCCUGGAAUCCCUUGGCGCGCGGAGAGGCCAUUUUCGCACGUGGUCGAUCUGUGCAAGCGGGCUCUAAAGGUUUGGCCCCUUUUUGGUCAUGCGGAGUACAUCCGCACUCUUGCGUACCAGCACAACAAUCAGUUUACGCACGCGUUGAUGGCGGCCCAAACGGCGUGGGUGCUGGGGGUGGAGGCAAGGCUAGAGCCCAGGUUACACCGCACCCUAGCCAAAGCCUACUUUGACCUGGCACAGUGGAAGGAGGCCUUGGAGGCUUACGAAGAAUGCGAAGAGCGAGGCUGGCUAGAGUCGGAGGGGCAUCUCCUUCAGGAGUGCAGGUUGAAGCUCGGAGAGGAAGCCGAGGAAGGACGGUCAACGGGCAUGAACGAGGAAUGGAGGGACAUUUUGCGGCACGAGAUGGACGGGGCCCUAGAGGACGACGUAGGGUCGGACGCAGAAGAGGAGCUUCGGAGUGCGGAAGUCACAAGAGAGCAAUCUGCGGGGGUCCCAGAGCUGGUAAAUUUGAAGUCGGACGAUGAGAGUG